AUGAGACUAGCGGAGUACUCGAGCAAUAUUGCUUUUCGUGAUUUAUCUAUCCAAUCGAGGAAAUUGAGAUGUUUUGGCGCUAAUGAGAAGUACCCGGUAGGCCGUGAUAGAGCUUCAUUUCGUUUGCUGUUAGUAUUCGUUGAACCAUCUAUCUCCCUUAUUUAUUUGAAACCACUUCUUGGAACUCUCAUUAUCGUUCGUUCAAAAAUCUCUCCUUCACCAGGCCCCACCUUCGUCUACCGCGGCUCUUGUAACGGCCUCGUGUAUCUCUCUGAGAACUCCAAUAUCGUGAUAUGUAACCCUGCAACGAGAGAAUGUAGGCUACUCCCUCAACCCCCUUAUCAUACUUGGGAUACUGAAUAUGUAGGGUUUGCUUUUGAUUCCAAAACCAUGGAUUAUAUAGUGGUCAGAUUCAUCACAAUGCGUCAAACCACGUGUGUUGAUCAUAAAAUUCAUAUCUACUGCAUGAGUGCAGAUUCGUGGAAAGAAAUCACUACUACGGUGCCCCACAGUUUCACAGCUACUUAUUGCUAUUAUCAGCCUUGCACGUUUUUGGAUGGGGUUUUCUACUGUCUGAGUUAUGAUUUUUCUACCAGUGUCCAUUUAAUUGAUGUCUUAAACACAGUUGAAGGAUUGUUUGAGCAGAGAUCCAUGCCUGCCGGCCUUAGCUUUGAAAGGUGGAUUGAUCUUUGUCUUCUGAAUAAUUCCCCUGCCCUUAUUUUAUGA